ACAUAACAUUACGAAUAAAGCUCGAUACAACCUAUCGAUUAAUCGUUUCGAGAAAACUGUUGCAAUAUCGAUUAUCAAAUCGUAGAAUAUCGAAUAUAAUUAGUAUUAACUGGAAAAUCGAAAUAUUGCUGAAUAAAAAGCAGCUAAGAACGAACGAAUUUUAUUUUUUACUAUGUUAUUUCUAAAGACUUUAAUAUUAAGUCAGUCCUGACAUCAAUUUCUUCUUAUAUAUUUAUAUAGUUAUUAAUUUGUAUAAUUUAUGUAUUUAUAAAUUCUAUCUGAUUGUUAUUUUAUUAUGUAAAAACGUAUAGAACACGAACAAGAAUAAUAAGUUCUUUAUUGUUAAUAUAAAACAAUUAUAUGAAGUAAAUAAAAUUUAUAGAUAUCACUUUAUUUAAUAAUUAUGGAACGACAUGCAGUUCAAAAAGGUUUUAUAACGCUCAAACCUCUUUGUGAUUCAUUAAUCAAAGAUCCGAGUGUAAAAUGUGCGUCGCAAGUUAUAGAUUGUAUAAAAACAAUCUCAGAUGGUAUUAUUCAAGAUUUACUAGAUUAUAUUUUGUUCCCUGUAAUUGUUCAUUUACAAAAUGAGGAUGUCAGUAAACAUUCAAAGGAAUAUUUAGUGAAGAUCAUAAGAACUGUUUUAUUGAAAGCUAGGAUUACAAAUUUUAAGUCUUUUAAUAAACUGUACACUGUCAUUUUAUCUCAAAUUUAUGAUAAAAAUCAAUCACAAAGGAUUAUUUCUUCGUACGAAGAAUUGAAAGAAACAGUACUUCUCUGUCUUCAGGAUUUAUUAAAUCGUUGUUUUACAAAUGUUAUUGAAGAAUUAUAUACAAGACAAUAUGCACCUACACUUGCUCAUGGCAUAUAUUUAUGCGUAUUAAUUGCUAAAUGUGAAAAGUCACGUUCUUUAAGGUUGAUAGCUAUCGAAACAAUAAUGACCUUAUGUUAUGUAGAUGAUUCAUCGGAUAAGUCUGAUAUUGUUUUGGCAAACCAAAUAGCAGACACAAUCAUGUUAUUUUUACCAGGUAUUGCUAGUGGAUUACAAGAAGUUGCUAUGGGAAGUGAUAUUCAGGGACAUAAGAUUACAAUGAUGGCUAUCAGAGCAUGGGCUAGAAUAAUAUGUAUUGUAAUGCAAGAUACAGAUAAUGAAGAAAAUAUACCUUCAGUUAUUAACAUUAAUAAGCAACAAACAAAUUCAAUUGAUCCAUUAGGAAGUAGAUUACGUCUUGAAGGAGCUGCUGGAAUUGAAAAGCUUCUAAAUUCUACUACAAGGAAUCAAGAAUGGCUAAAUGCUGCAGCUAUUAAAUUAAGUGUACUUAUACAAGCAAUGAGUUCUUUAAGAAAACAUUCACAUUAUAAAGUCAGGAAAGAAUUAGCUACGAGUAUUAGUUUAUUAAUUACAAUGUGUGCCAGAAAUAUGAAACCAAGCAUUAUGGAGUUAAUAGAAUAUUUGAUUUCUUUAUCUGAAGAUGACAAUAAAGAAGUCAAAGAAGAAGCUAAAAAAGCACUAGAUAAAAUUAAUGAAUCAUAUAUGCAGAAUAUAAAUAUGAGACCAUUGAUUGAAUUAUUAGAAGAAAGUUUUUACAAGUUACUUACACGAUUGCCGCGUAUCGUAAGAAGUUCUGAUGAUAGUGAACAACUAGUAGGUUUAAAUCACCUUUGUGGAUAUUUACGAUUAUUAGGAAAAGAAAGAUUGCCCGCUAUUAUACAAUCUGCGGCACACGUACAGAGAUUAUUACAAGCUCUUUUAUACAUGAUUGAAAUAGAUUGCAGUGAUAUUACUCUUUUAGAAGAUAUUGGUAUAAAAGAUCUUGAUAAUUUGACUCAUCACAGCCAAAUACGUUCGUGGAGACAAUUUAAAUUCAUCCAGGAUAUUUGUUGUAAAGAAAAAAUUUUUACAAUAUGUGAGCUUCUGGGAACAUACAGUGAUUUAAGAAUUUUAGUUGAUAAUAUUCUUCAAGCUAUGCAUAAUGUACCUCAACAUAGAAAAGAAUUAAUAUUUUUACUUAAUUCAAUAGUAAAUGUUCCUAUUAAAAAUACAUCAACAUUGUCCUUAUAUAAGGAAAUAAUUGAAUUUUAUACAAUAGAAGAUUUUUGGUAUUUACCUCUUGAAGUCACAGAGGAUAUACCAUUAUGUGUUGCACAGAAUAAUAUAGUACAAUGUUGCCUUUUAACAGAAGGUUUAGGACAAAUUGCAAAGAAUUUAGAAGACGAUUAUGAAAAAUUUCUUCUUAAGACUUUAUAUUUAAUUAUUGAAAGAGCAGGAAGUCCAAAUAGCCUUUUAAGUUAUGUAGGAAUUCAAACUCUACAAAAUAUUGCAGAAUCACAAAAACAUAAAACUAUAGGAGAUCUUUUACGUGUUAAUGUAGAUUAUUUCUCUUAUCAUGUCACUGUUAAACUACGUAGAAUAGAAAGAAAUCCAGGAGUCCUUGAUGUUGUUGGAGUUGUGAUGAAAUAUAGUUCUAUGGAUGUAUUACCAUGUUUGAAAGAAAUUGUACAAGAUGUUCUUCUGCAGUUAAAUACUGUUUUUCAAAAACGAAACACGUAUUCUUUUUUAAAAGUUUUUUAUAUAUUUAUAAUGUAUAUAAAGAGAUUAGUAUCAGAUUCAAACAUAGAUGUAACAGUAGCAUCACCUUCAUUAAUACAAAAAGAUUCUGCAGAGAUUAUUAUCCAAAAUUUAUUAGAGUAUUAUGAAGCAAAAAAAGCAAAUGAAAAAAUUGAUCAAGAUUUUAAUGAUGCAGUUACGGAUGUACAAAAUACAGAAAUACACGACGUAGAAUCUGAAGAUAAUGAAAUGACUCUGGAAGAAGAAGAGGAUAAACAAACCUUACCAAUACAUAUACAAAUGAUUGAAGAUGUUUUAAAAAGAUGUUUACAUUUUUUACCUUCAAAAGAUAUAAAACAAUCACUCAUUGCUAUGUUAACUUUAGAAGAAGGUUUACCAAUUUUAAUCAAAUGGGAAAAUCAAUUAUUACCGAUUGUACAUCAACUUUGGCAUCCAUUAGUAGACAGAUUUCAAGAUCAAAAUAUACUUGUUAUUAAUCGUGCGUGGCGAUUAUUUUGUGUACUUGCACAUAUCUCUAAAGAUUUCAUUAGGUGCAGAACAUUAAAGCAAAUACUACCAGCACUAUCGAAAUUUUUGAAUAAAUCUGCUAAAGAAAGUUAUAAUAAACCCAUUGAUGCAGUUUAUAAGUUUACACAAAUGUACAAACUUCAAAGAGAAUUGAUAACUACAUUGAGUCAAAUAGUAAAAGAUCUUAAACUUCGUGAAAAGGAUCUAUGGAAUGUAUUAAGUAUUACAGAACCAUAUCUUGCUUCACAUCAACAUCCAAUAUUACAAAAUUGUUGUGUAAAUAUGUAUAAAAACCUUGCUGAUUAUAAUAGUGAUAUUGUUUGGGUGAAAUGUCUUAGUAUUUGGCAUUCUAAAAUAGCAAAAAUUCCAACCAAUAAAACGUUCAAUUUGGAAUGUUUGAAGAUUACAGAAAAUGCUAUACCAAAUGAAUAUCUCAAAAAUGUGAGAAUAAUAAUUACAUAUAUUCAAGAAAAAAUCUAGUCAAUGAAGAUAAUAAAAAGUUAUUUCUAAGAGUAUAAUUCAUAAAAUAAAUAUGUAUAUACUCGCAAACUUACACGGGAAACUACUAUGAAGAAUAUUAUUUUUCUAUGUGACUAAAAGUGUCCUAGAAACAUGUAGGUGAUUUACAUUCAAUAAUCAUAAAUAACUAUAUAAUGUACAUAUAUAUAUAUAUAUAUAUAUAUAUAUAUAUAUAUAUAUAUAUAUA